CUUUCCUUUUUCUAGAUCUCAUUUCACCCUCUCCCUUCUCAAAGAGAGCGUUCCUCCACCGUCAAAAUGGAGUCUCGAUCCAGAUCUACGAACGAUCUGACCAUCUCGAUCGUAUGGCCGCUUCUCUUCCUCUUUCUGGUCCACGGUUCUCACUGCUUCUACCUUCCCGGUGUCGCCCCCGAAGACUUCCAGAAGGGGGGUCCUUUGAAGGUGAAGGUGAAUAAAUUGACAUCGAUAAAGACUCAACUUCCUUAUUCGUACUAUUCGCUUCCUUUCUGUCCACCCGAAAAGAUAGUUGACAGCACAGAGAAUCUUGGGGAAGUGCUUCGUGGUGACCGAAUUGAAAACUCUCCUUAUGUGUUCAAAAUGCGAGAGCCACAAUUGUGUACUGUUCUUUGCCGCAUUACACUUGAUGCCAAAACUGCAAAGCAGUUUAAGGAAAAGAUUGGUGAUGAAUAUCGAGUCAAUAUGAUACUGGAUAACCUCCCCCUUGUUGUUCCCAUUAGAAGGUCAGAUCAGGAUUCUUCCGUUUUUUAUCAGCUUGGCUACCAUGUUGGGCUCAAAGGCAAAUACACUGGGAGCAAGGAAGAAAAAUAUUUCAUUCACAACCAUUUAGCAUUUACUGUCAAAUAUCAUAGGGAUUCACAAACUGACUCUGCUAGAAUUGUGGGAUUUGAAGUUAAACCAUACAGUAUUAGACAUGAAUAUGAGGGGACAUGGAAUGAAAAAACUCGUUUAACAACAUGCGAUCCCCAUAAUAAGCGCACAGUUGUUAACUCUAACACUCCUCAAGAAGUUGAAGCAAACAAUGAGAUAAUAUUCACUUAUGACGUUGAAUACCAGGAAAGCGAUGUGAAGUGGGCAUCUAGAUGGGAUGCAUAUCUUCUAAUGAAUGAUGACCAAAUACACUGGUUCUCAAUUGUCAAUUCUUUGAUGAUCGUUCUCUUCCUUUCGGGUAUGGUAGCAAUGAUCAUGCUAAGGACACUUUAUCGUGAUAUUUCUCGGUAUAACGAACUUGAGACUCAAGAAGAGGCCCAAGAGGAGACGGGAUGGAAGCUUGUCCAUGGAGAUGUUUUCAGGCCUCCAUCUAAUUCUGACCUAUUGUGUGUCUAUGUUGGCACUGGUGUUCAAUUUUUGGGCAUGGUACUUGUUACCAUGAUCUUUGCUGUUUUUGGAUUCCUUUCCCCUUCGAACCGAGGUGGUCUUAUGACAGCUAUGCUAUUACUUUGGGUCUUCAUGGGCAUUUUUGCUGGCUAUGCAUCUGCCCGUCUAUACAAAAUGUUUAAAGGAGCUGAGUGGAAGAAAGUAGCUUUCAGGACUGCAUGCAUGUUCCCAGGCAUUGUCUUCGCCAUCUUCUUUGUCUUAAAUGCUGUUAUAUGGGGCCAGAAGUCUUCUGGGGCUGUGCCUUUUGGGACAAUGUUUGCUCUAGUGCUCCUAUGGUUUGGAAUUUCAGUUCCACUUGUUUUUGUGGGUGGCUAUGUUGGGUUCAAGAAGCCAGCAAUCGAGGAUCCUGUGAAGACGAAUAAAAUCCCCAGGCAAAUCCCCGAGCAGGCUUGGUAUAUGAACCCAACUUUCUCUAUUCUGAUAGGAGGAAUACUUCCAUUUGGAGCUGUCUUCAUCGAGCUGUUCUUCAUUCUUACCUCAAUCUGGCUGAACCAGUUCUACUACAUCUUUGGUUUCCUCUUCCUGGUAUUGAUUAUCCUCCUUAUCACUUGUGCUGAAAUAACCAUCGUGCUCUGUUACUUCCAGUUAUGCAGUGAAGAUUAUCUGUGGUGGUGGAGGUCAUACCUCACAUCCGGCUCCUCGGCUCUGUACCUCUUCCUCUAUGCUACAUUCUAUUUCUUCACAAAGCUAGAGAUCACUAAGCUGGUUUCAGGGCUCCUAUACUUUGGGUACAUGCUGAUUGCUUCAUACGCCUUUUUUGUGCUGACGGGCACCAUUGGGUUUUAUGCAUGCUUUUGGUUCACCAGACUUAUCUACUCAUCUGUCAAGAUCGAUUAGAGUGUGAAAUGGGGACAUGCUUAAUGGUUCUAUUGUUUUCAAAGAACGUCGCCUUAGGUUAAGAGAUAUAUAUACUCGUGGUUUCAGAUUUAAACUUUAAUGCCCAUUUUUGAACCGAGUCCAUACUUUUAUAGUUGGUUGAAAGGUACAUUUUAUUCUGUCAUUUUGUUAAGAGGAGCUUCCUGUGAUUCUUUUU